UACUACAGAGAAAACAAUGAGCUCAACACAGAAGGACCAACAUGGAGCGAGAAGUCAGCGCUCUCAGGAGGCCGACAAACCUCACAGAAGAAAGAGAGAGAAAACACACACCUGUGACGAGUGUGGAAAGGAUUUUGCUGUGAAGGGUUUACUAACACAGCAUCAGGUCAUCCACACUGGAGAGAGGCCGUUCAGCUGUGACUUGUGUGGAAAGUCUUUUUCCAGGAAGGGUUCCCUAAAACAACACCAACUCGUCCACAGUGGAGUUAAAGCGUACAGCUGUGAUCAGUGUGGGAAGGGUUUUACUGUGAAGGCUUCACUAAAACAGCAUCAGGUCAUCCACACUGGAGAGAGGCCGUUCAGAUGUGACUUGUGUGGAAAGUCUUUUUCCUGGAAGCAUUCCCUAAAAGAACACCAACUCAUCCACAGUGGAGUUAAAGCGUACAGCUGUGAUCAGUGUGGGAAGGGUUUUACUUUGAAGGCUAACCUAAAAAAGCAUCAGGUUAUCCACACUGGAGAGAGGCCGUUCAGCUGUGACUUGUGUGGAAAGUCUUUUUCCUGGUCGCGUUCCCUAAAAGAACACCAACUCAUCCACAGUGGAGUUAAAGCGUACAGCUGUGAUCAGUGUGGGAAGGGUUUUACUCAAAGUAGCAGCUUACAGAGUCAUCUAGUUACCCACUCUGGAAUUAAGGCAUACAGCUGUGACAUCUGUGGAAAAACUUUCAGCCAGAGAGGAAGCCGAAAUAUACACCUACGCAUUCACACCAGACAUGAUGUGUACAGCUGUGAACAGUGUGGCAAAUACUUUGCUAAAGACAAACAUUUGCAACAACACAUGUUUAGCCACACUGAGGGACAACCUUAUAAAUGUAACCUGUGUGAGAAGACUUUUAAAUCUCCACAUUACUUGAAACUACACCAACAGAUCCACACCAGAAAGAGACUCUACAAGUGCAGUUACUGUGAGAAGCAGAGCGACACAGAUGGAUCCAGUUCUCAACCCUGUCAUCACUGUGGUGGUGGGAAAGAGUUUCGUUGUGACCUCUGUGGAAAAACUCUCAGUUGCCAAGCCACCCUAAAAACACAUCAACGUAGACACAGUGGAGACAAACUGAAAUACUGCAAAGAAUGUGGGAGAAGCUUCACCAGAUCAUAUCACUUAAAGAAACAUGAACUGAUUCACAGUGGGGUUAAAAAGCACCUCUGUAAUCAGUGUGGGUCAUCCUUCACCACUGCAGGAUUUCUGUGGCUGAAGUAAAAUUCCCUCCAUCCAUCACUUAUCCCAGCUAAGCCAAAGUAAAAUAAAGUUUUGCUCAUCUUAAAAAAGCAUUACAAUAAUGGGCAUUACCAAUGCAAACUGAAUAAUACAGAAGAUGAAAGAAUAGACUUUGAUCAGUUAAUAAAGCUCAUGAUCUUGAUUAUUGUGGCUGCUACACAGAUACUUCUGGGUCAUUUCUCUCAGUUAGGAACCUUCCUCACCAAAACUGACUGUUGGACCACACCCCUGGUUUCAUGAGAAAUUGUUUCAGCCAUGAUUUCUCUUCCUGUAUUUCAGAGUAAAGACUGUAAAGACUGACACACCUCGUUAUUGGACUGAUUUCUACUGCUGGACUACUCCUGGGGAGAGUAACAAUACUCUUACUAAUUAGCUCCCUUUCACACCUUUGGGGAUAUUUAUUUUUGUGCUUGCAGCGCUGUGAGCCAGAACAGCGAGAGAAAAAUCUGCAACAGCAACGAGCUGAAUGCUUAAGUGAAUCCCAGCAGCUGCACAUGUGCUACGCUGAUUUAGAGGAUAUCUUUGCUCUGGAUUUAUAUUAAUACUUUUUCAUUUCUAUAGGAUUCUUCUUGCAUCUAAACAAAGAUGAUUCAAUUUGAUAAAUUUUGAAGCCUCUUCUUGCUUUCGGUGUAAAUGAGAUGUAAUAUUUGCUCUUGGUUUGGUUUUCCUGUACAGAACCUUGCAGUACAACAGAAACCUAAAAACAU